AACAGCGGAAGAGAAUGUAUACAAUGGAAAUCCAAAAAUCAAUUAAGUUAUGAAAAACACCAUUAAUUGCUUUCUUUGUCCAGCUACACAUAAAAAAAUGGCGGAUAUCUAGACCUCGUUUAUGCAAGGUUACAUGGUGCGUUAAGUUACUGGAUGAAAACGGCUACAAUCGAGAGGUUUAUUUAUGAUAUUUAGGUAAGUUAGCUUGAUAACUAAUCGGCUAAUUUCGCACAUACUUGUUUUUUUCUAUAGCUAGCUAGCUAACGUUACUGAUGUUAACCGUUGCCGACAUCCUAUCAUUAACUAGCAAGUAUACUUUCUAUAACAAACCGCACUUAAAUUUGUAACAGUAGUUAGUUAGCUAAUAUCUUUCCUAGGUUGCUCUUUUUUUGACCUUUCAGUCAAAUUAGCCUGGUACGUGUAGUCAUUGAUGCUAAAAUCAUUAGCUAGAUAGUUAACAUAAUUCGAUAGUUAGCUGUCUACAAAGGAUCAUUAAGGGCCGGAAGCAAGUUAGCAAGCUGCAACAACACCCACAUGACAGAGCGAUUUGAUCUGACUGCAUCCCUUCACUCAGCAAGCCAUUUGGCUAGCUAGUGUUAGCUAUCAUUUUAAUGGGGCAUUUUUAAUCAUGGAUGUACAGCUGUUAGCUAGGUCCGUGUCACACAGUUGCGAGUUAGCUGUGUCUAUACCAGAGCUACGUAGAGAUGUAACUAGGGCCAAUUAUGCCUGAAUUGCUUGAAAAUGCAUAUCUGAUUGAUCUUUAUUUAUUUUUUUAUCUGUGUAUAGAACUACUGGAGAAGCCGAGUUUCCUGGAUAGCAGCAUGAGCUGAUAGUUCCUGAGGUCUUCCAGAAGAGGUGACAAAAGAGAGAGGCUGACUGGAAGAUGCCAAGAAGAAAACAACAGAAUCCUCAAUCUGUCAAGUGUAAGGGCUCAAACUGUCCGUUCUUAUAACUGUUGUUGGCUACUGUUAUAUAGCCUGGGUACCGGUCUGUUUGUGCUAUGUAUCAUUCUAAACAUAGAUCAUGUUUGGCAUAUGACAAAGAGUACAAGAAGUGGAAUGUUAGAACAAAAUAGGUCUAGAUUUCAGGCCAACUGUUAUAUGAAUUGGCCCUGUAUAGAACAGUGACGAUUGCUCCAUUCUGUACAGGGCAACAUGCUUUAGAAUGCCAUUGUUAAUCUUUGUACUCUAGUCUUAAAACGCAUCCUGUCUGUGUACACAGACUAACUGAUAGUCACAUUUUGAAAUACAGGAACAACAGCAUUCAUUCACAACAUAAUUAGUUUACUGGAAUGUUUGUAGGGUGUAAACUAAUUUGGUAAUGUUAUCCAACAUGGUGAACCUACUCUGAGAGGUUGGAUCUUUACGUUUAUAUAGAGCCAUAGAAAUGGACAUACUGUAUGUGAUACAACCAUUCUACCCCAAUAGGCAUUUCACUGGAGAACCUGGCAAUGCUUAAGCAAUUGUUUUCACGUGAUAAUCUUUGAGGAACAGAUGAGGUCCAAAAAUUAUAAGAAACCAUAAGGCAUAUAGUAAGAUGCAGGAAAUGACUUGAAUGUGAUCAGAUAGCCUACAGGAAAUGACUUGUACAGGCUAUGUCAUCAAACCAAGCUUUAUUUAUACAGCACAUUUCAGACAUGGAAUGCAACACAAUGUGCUUCACAGGAAGAAAAACAACAAAAACAAAAAACUGAAAUAUUUACUUCACAAUAAACAUAAGAGGAUAAAAAAACUAAAGAAUAUUUUUAAAAAACUGAACGACUAAAAAACACCUUAAGGAAAAGCAAAGCUAAAAAGGUGUGUUUUUAAGAUCUCUUUUAAAAAUGUCCACAGAUUCAGCCCCCCUCAGGUUCUCUGGCAGGCUAUUCCAGAGGCUGGGGGCAUAGCAACUAAAGGCUGCCUCUCCAUGCCUCUUGGUCCUAGGCUUUGGGCUAGUUAAAAGGUCAGUGCCAGAGGACCUGAGGGACCUACUGGGUACAUCACUUAAAAGCAUGUUUGACAUAUAUAUUGGGGUGCACAAUCGUGGAUUUAAAAACCAAUAGAAGAAUCUUAAAAUUAAUUCUAAAACUCACAGGCAGCCCAGUGCAGAGACCUUAUAAACCGGUGUAAUGUGUGCUCUCCGUCUGGUCUUGGUCAGUACCCAUGCUGCAGCAUUCUGUAUGUUUUGCAGUUGACCAAUGGCUUUCUUGGGUAGACCAGACAGGAGAGCAUUACAGUAGUCAAGCCUGCUUGUAAUAAAAGCAUGGAUGAGUCUCUCUGUAUCAGCCUGAGAGAGAAACGGCCCCACCUUGGCAAUGUUCCUCAGGUGGUAAAAAGCUAUGUUGGUGACAUUUCUAAUGUUUGAUUCAAAAUUGAGUUCAGAAUCUAAAAUAACACCUGGGUUUUUUUACCUGGUGUUUUAUCUUUAUUGCCGUGAAUUAAAAUGUGCGUCCAGAUUCUCUCUCUGUGCUUUGGCUCCAACAAUAAGUACCUCGGUCUUGUCUUGAUUUAGCUGGAGGAAGUUCUGAGCCAUCCAAGUAUUUAAAUCACUAAUACAGUCUAAUUUAUCCGUGGAUCUAAAAUUCUCUGGUGACAUAAAUGUAAAGUUGUGUAUCGUCUGCGUAGCAGUGAAAAUCAAUGCCGUGCUUUUCUGAUAACGUCAUAGACACAGGGAGAAUCUAAAUUGCAUUUCAUAGCUUUCAAAUAGGCACAUCCUUCUCUUCUCUCCCCUUCAACUCUACCCCCGGGUCCUAUAUACCUGGUAAAAUAAUGGUUAAUUAACGACUCUAAAGUGGCCCCUAUAAAAUUGUUGUGAUAUACACUGCUCAAAAAAAUAAAGGGAACACUUAAACAACACAAUGUAACUCCAAGUCAGUCACAGUUCUGUGAAAUCAAACUGUCCACUUAGGAAGCAACACUGAUUGACAAUACAUUUCACAUGCUGUUGUGCAAAUGGAAUAGACAACAGGUGGAAAUUAUAGGCAAUUAGCAAGACACCCCCAAUAAAGAAGUGGUUCUGCAGAUGGUGACCACAGACCACUUCUCAGUUCCUAUGCUUCCUGGCUGAUGUUUUGGUCACUUUUGAAUGCUGGCGGUGCUUUCACUCUAGUGGUAGCAUGAGACGGAGUCUACAACCCACACAAGUGGCUCAGGUAUUGCAGCUCAUCCAGGAUGGCACAUCAAUGCGAGCUGUGGCAAGAAGGUUUGCUGUGUCUGUCAGCGUAGUGUCCAGAGCAUGGAGGCGCUACCAGGAGACAGGCCAGUACAUCAGGAGAUGUGGAGGAGGCCGUAGGAGGGCAACAACCCAGCAGCAGGACUGCUACCUCCGCCUUUGUGCAAGGAGGAGCAGGAGGAGCACUGCCAGAGCACUGCAAAAUGACCUCCAGCAGGCCACAAAUGUGCAUGUGUCUGUUCAAACGGUCAGAAACAGACUCCAUGAGGGUGGUAUGAGGGCCCGACGUCCACAGGUGGGGGUUGUGCUUACAGCCCAAUACCGUGCAGGACGUUUGGUAUUUGCCAGAGAACACCAAGAUUGGCAAAUUCGCCACUGGCGCCCUGUGCUCUUCACAGAUGAAAGCAGGUUCACACUGAGCACGUGACAGACGUGACAGAGUCUGGAGACGCCGUUGAGAACGUUCUGCUGCCUGCAACAUCCUCCAGCAUGACCGGUUUGGCGGUGGGUCAGUCAUGGUGUGGGGUGGCAUUUCUUUGGGGGGCCGCACAGCCCUCCAUGUGCUCGCCAGAGGUAGCCUGACUGCCAUUAGGUACCGAGAUGAGAUCCUCAGACCCCUUGUGAGACCAUAUGCUGGUGCGGUUGGCCCUGGGUUCCUCCUAAUGCAAGACAAUGCUAGACCUCGUGGCUGGAGUGUGUCAGCAGUUCCUGCAAGAGGAAGGCAUUGAUGCUAUGGACUGGCCCGCCCAUUCCCCAGACCUGAAUCCAAUUGAGCACAUCUGGGACAUCAUGUCUCGCUCCAUCCACCAACGCCACGUUGCACCACAGACUGUCCAGGAGUUGGCGGAUGCUUUAGUCCAGGUCUGGGAGGAGAUCCCUCAGGAGACCAUCCGCCACCUCAUCAGGAGCAUGCCCAGGCAUUGUAGGGAGGUCAUACAGGCACGUGGAGGCCACACGCACUACUGAGCCUCAUUUUGACUUGUUUUAAGGACAUUACAUCAAAGUUGGAUCAGCCUGUAGUGUGGUUUUCCACUUUUAAUUUUGAGGGUGACUCCAAAUCCAGACCUCCAUGGGUUGAUAAAUUUGAUUUCCAUUGAUAAUUUUUGUGUGAUUUUGUUGUCAGCACAUUCAACUAUGUAAAGAAAAAAGUAUUUAAUAAGAUUAUUUCAUUCAUUCAGAUCUAGGAUGUGUUAUUUUAGUGUUCCCUUAAUUUUUUUGAGCAGUGUAUUUUCAUUUCCCUCCAGAGAUGUUAGAUUGGGUUCAAGUCCGGGCUCUGGCUGGGCCACUCAAGGACAUUCAGACACUUGUCCCAAAGCCACUCCUGCGUUGUCUUGGCUGUGUGGUUACGGUCGUUGUCCUGUUGGAAGGUGAACCUUCACCCCAGUCUGAGGUCCUGAGCGCUCUGGAGCAGGUUUUCAUCAAGGAUCUCUCUGUACUUUCCUCUGUUCAUCUUUGCCUUGAUCCUGACUAGUCUCCCAGUCCCUGCCGCAGAAAAACAUCCCCGCAGCAUGAUGCUGCCACCACCAUGCUUCACCGUAGGGAUGGUGCCAGGUUUCCUCCAGAUGUGACGCUUGGCAUUCAGGCCAAAGAGUUCCAUCUUGGUUUCAUCAGACCAGAUAUUAUUGUUUCUCAUGGUCUGAGAGUCCUUUAGGUGCCUUUUGGCAAACUCCAAGCGGGCUGUCAUGUGACUUUUACUGAGGAGUGGCUUCCGUCUGGCCACUCUACCAUAAAGGCCUGAUUGGUGGAGUGCUGCAGAGAUGGUUGUCCUUCUGGAAGGUUCUCCCAUCUUCACAGAGGAACUAGAGCUCUGUCAGAGUGACCAUCGGGUUCUUGGUCACCUCCCUGACAAAGGCCCUUCCCCAAUUGCUCAAUUUGGCCGGGCGGCCAGCUCUAGGAAGAGUCUUGGUGGUUCCACACUUCUUCCAUUUAAGAAUGAUGGAGGCCACUGUGUUCUUGGGGACCUUCAAUGCUGCAGAAAUUGUUUGCUAUCCUUCCCCAGAUCUGUACCUCGACACAAUUCUGUCUCGGAGCUCUACGGACAAUUCCUUCGACCUGGGGAAUCCUGAAGUAUCUCUUUAAACAGUCUAAUGCGUGGCAGCGGUGUGUUGCAGUCAUUCAACCCUCUACUUUACGCAGGUCAGGAGGCAACUUUCCAGUGCUACUAAUGUUGUUAUCAAAACAAAAUCAGACAAACCCAGAGUAGAAUAGUUUACCUAGUCGGCUUGUUGUUGUGUCGUCUAUGUAAUAAUAAUAAUAAUAAUAAUAAUAAUAAUAAUAAUAUGCCAUUUAGCAGACGCUUUUAUCCAAAGCGACUUACAGUCGUGUGCAUACAUUUUUACGUGGUCAUGUGAGAUAAAUAUUCACCCCGAGGUGCAUUCAAGUUAAGACAGGGAGGGAAACUUAUUCUGACAAGGAGUCAAUGCACAACUAUUCUUAAUGCAAUUGCGGGAAAACACUUUUGAAAGCAGUUUUGGCCUUUGUUAAAGAGUGGGGUCCCAGUUGUCCAUUUCUACCAUCUGAUUUCUUUACUCCUUCAACUGCCAGAGUUUCAAUCAUGGUUUAGAUAAUCUACAGAUACAUUAUAACAACAUGCUGUGAUUAUCUGCAGAGACAUUAUCACAACAUGCUGUGAUUAUCUACAGAUACAUUAUCACAACAUGCUGUGAUUAUCUACAGAUACAUUAUCACAACGUUAUGUGAAGAUGGGAAGUCCUCAGUGCAGGAACAAUAUAAUGAGGAGAGCGCCUCAUUCUGGUCCACGCUAGUUUGUUCAGCACGUAAUACUUGUUUUGCAGCCAUCUAAUACUUUGGUCAGGUAAAAAUGUAUAAAACAUUUCACUAUCUGACAUGAUGGUAGGCUACGUAUUGGGCUCAUUUCUGGAGGUGGAAAUUAUAUUUUUGAUGGUAGAAUGUCCUUUUCUUUAAAAAGUCACCAGAACUGAGGCCGGACCCCUUAAACAAGGGGGACUGGAAUUGGCCAAACUUGCAGUUUAAUACAUGUACAAUAUGAUCCUCUUUCCCUAAAAGCAUGAUGCUUCAUGACUUUCUCAAAUGAAAGGGGAGGUUAACUUGGUGCCAGACAAUCGAUUUAAAGUUUUAGUCAUGGGAUUUUUGUUUGUUGCUUUAACCCCUGUGAAAAGCAAGAGAAGGAAACCCACACAUACUGUAGCCUACAGAUACGCCCCGAAUGGCACCCGGUUCCCUAUAUGGUCUCUGGUCAGAAGUAGUGGACAAAACAUUAAGAAUACCUGCUCUUACCGCGACAGACUGACCAGGUAAAUCCAGUUGAACGCUAUGAUCCCUUAUUGAUGUCACUUGUUAAAUCCACUUCAAUCAGUCUAGAUGAAGGGGAGGAGACGGGUUAAAGAAAGAUUUUAAGCUUUGAGACAUGGAUUGUGUAUUUGUGCCAUUCAGGUGGGGAAUGGGCAAGACAGAAGAUUUAAGUGCCUUUGAACGGGGUAUGGUAGUAGGUGCCAGGCGCACCAGUUUGAGUGUGCCAAGAACUGCAACGCUGCUGGGUUUUUCACGCUCAACAGUUUCCCGUCUGUAUCAAAGAAUGGGCCACCACCCAAAGGACAUCCAGCCAAUUUGACACAACUGUGGGAAGCAUUGGAGUCAACAUGGGCCAGCAUCCCUGUCGAACGCUUUCGACACCUUGUAGAGUCCAUGCCCUGAUGAAUUGAGGCUGUUCUGAGGGCAAAAGAGGGUGCAACUCAAGAUUAGGAAGGUGUUCUUAAUGUUUUGUACACUCUGUGUAUAGGUCAAGGGUUGGAUUUUAGUUUUUAAAAAAUUAACUCAAAACACAUUUGUAGCUGAAUUCCUGGUGAUUUAAUGUAGGAAAUCUGUUCACUAAUACAAAUACGUGAUCGUGUCUCAAUAUAAUCAAGCUAGGGAAUGAUUGUUAUUUUGGAAAUACAAUCUCAUUUUGGAGUUUAGUUGUGGUCAGUCUGCAGUGUGCACAUUAUUAGAAUUAUGCCCCGAUAAAAAUCGUCCCGCAGCUGAAUCUGCUUGCCUUGGGAAUAGGGUGCCAUUUGGGGCAUAUCCAUUCAUGUACUGUCAUGCAUCACACUAUCCACUAGGGGGCAGCAGAGUGUUAACUCUUUAUUUUUAUUUUUUUACUUAGCAAGUCAGUUAAGAACAAAUUCUUAUUUACAAUGACGGCUUACACCGGACAAACCCGGACGACGCUGGGCCAAAUGUGCACCGCUCUAUGGGACUCCCAAUCACGGCCGGAUUGUGAUACAGCCUGGAAUCUAACCAGUGGGGGGGUCUGUAGUGACGCCUCAAGCACUGAGAUGCAGUGCCUUAGACGGCUGAGAUGCAGUGCCUUAGACCGCUGCGCCACUCGGGAACUCUGAAGGCCUCUGUGGCAGACUGAAAAUCACAGGCAGCUGGUGUCUUUGACUACUGGAUAUUCAUAGCUGUUCCAAUUUCUGUCAUUAAGCCUAACAAAACACGGCUUGAUUUAAUAUUAAAUAGCUUUCUAACACGUCAAGUUAAGGAUCAUAUCACCUCUACCUUACCUGACACCCUAGACCCACUUCAAUUUGCAUACUGCCACAAAAGAUCCACAGACGAUGCAAUCGCCAUUGCACUGCACACUGCCCUAUCCCAUCUGGACAAGAGGAAUCCCCAUGUAAGAAUGCUCGUCAAACAUCUCAUUCCAAAAUCAUGGGCAUUAAUAUGGAGUUGGUCCCCCCCCUUUGCUGCUAUAACAGCCUCCCCUCUUCUGGGAAGGCUUUCCACUAGAUGUUGGAACAUUGCUGCGGGCCUGGCUAGCAGUCGGCGUUCGAAUUCAUCCCAAAGGUGUUCGAUGGGGUUGAGGUCAGGGCUCUGUGCAGGCCAGUCAAGUUCUUCCACACCGAUCAACAAACCAUUUCUGUAUGGAUCUCGCUUUGUGCACGGGGGCAUUGUCAUGCUAAAACAGGAAAGGGCCUUCCCCAAACUGUUGCCACAGUUGGAAGCACAGAAUCGUCUAGAAAGUAAUUGUAUACUGUAACGUUAAGGGGCCUAGCCUGAACCAUGAAAACCAUCCCCAGACCAUUAUUACUCAUCCACCAAACUUUACAGUUAGCACUAUGCAUUUGGACAGGUAGCGUUCUCCUGGCAUCCGCCAAACCCAGAUUUGUCCGUCGGACUGCCAGAUGGUGAAGCGUGAUUCAUCACUCCAGAGAACGCGUUUCCACUGCUCCAGAGUCCAAUGGCGGUGAGCUUUACACCACUCCAGCCGAUGGCCAUGGAAAGCCAUUUCAUGAAGUUCCCGACGAACAGUUCUUAUGCUGACGUUGCUUUCCAGAGGCAGUUGGAACUCGGUAGUGAAGACAGACGAUUUUUACGCGCUUCAGCACUCAGCGGUCCCGUUCUGGGAGCUUGUGUGGCCUACCACUUCGCUGCUGAGCCGUUGUUGCUCCUAGACAUUUCCACUUCACAAUAACAGCACUUGCAGUUGACCCUGGCAGCUCUAGCAGGGCAGUAAUUUGAUGAACUGACCUGUCAGCAACGGGUGUGGCUGAAAUAGCCGAAUCCACUAAUUUGAAGGGGUGUCCACAUACUUUUGUGUGUAUAUAUAGUGUACCUUUUUAAAAAGUUAGGGGCGUGGAUCAGAAAACCAGUCAGUAUCUGGUGAGCACCAUUUGCCUCAUACAGCGCGACACAUCACCUUCGCAUAGAGUUGAUCAGGCUGUUGAUUGUGGCCUGUAGAAUGUUGUCCCACUCUUCUUCAAUAGCUGUGUGAAGUUGCUGGAUAUUGGCAGGAGCUGGAACACGCUGUCGAUCCAGAGCAUCCCAAACAUGCUCAAUGGGUGACAUGUCUGGUGAGUAUGCAGGCCAUGGAAGAACUGGGACAUUUUCAGCUUCCAGAAAUUGUAUACAGAUCCUUGCAACCUGGGGCCGUGCAUUAACAUGCUGAAACAUGAGGUGAUGGCGGCAGAUGAAUGGCACAACAAUGGGCCUCAGGAUCUCAUCGCGGUAUCUCUGUGCAUUGAAAUUGCCAUCGAUAAAAUGCAAUUGUGUUCGUUGUCCGUAGCUUAUGCCUGCCCAUACCAUAACCCCACCACCACCAAGGGGCACUCUGUUACCAACAUUGACAUCAGCAAACUGCUUGCCCACACAACGCCAUACACAUGGUCUGUGGUUGUGAGGCCAGUUGGAUGUACUGCUAAAUUCUCUAAAACGAUGUUGGAGGCGGCUUAUCGUAGAGAAAUACACAUUAAAUUCUCUGGCAACAGCUCUGGUGGACAUUCCUGCAGUCAGCAUGCCAAUUGCACACUCCCUCAAAACUUGAGACAUCUGUGGUAUUGUGUUGUGUGACAAAACUGCACAUUUUAGCGUGGCCUUUUAUUGUCCCCAGCACAAGGUGCACCAGUGUAAUGAUCAUGCUGUUUAAUCAGCUUCUUGAUAUGCCACACCUGUCAGGUGGAUGGAUAAUCUUGGCAAAGGAGAAAUGCUCACUAACAGGGAUGUAAACAAAUUUGUGCACAAAAUUUGAGAGAAAUAUGCUUUUUGUACAUGUGGGAAUUUUCUGGGAUCUUUUCAGCUCAUGAAACAUGGGAACAACACUUCACGUUGCAUUUAUAUUUUUGUUCAGUUUAGUUAUCGAUAAUGUAAUGCUAGAUCUAAUUGUUGCUCUGUGUUGCAGUGGAUUCUGAAGAUGGUGUAGUAACCAUUGGAGCUCCAGGAAUCCUGACCUUGGAGGCAGAUUUCCUUCUGGGACACGACCUUGAGUUUGGUGACUCCGACCAUGACAAGAUCCUAGGUCUGGACGACAAGUACUCAGGUUGGUACUUCAUUUAUUAAAGCUUCAUUUGGCCAGGUUAGUCACCAAUUAGCUAAAAUCUCUCUGGUGAGGGAGACCUGGGCCCGAAUUUAUAAAGUGUCUCUGAGGAGAGUGCUGCUGACCUAGAAUCAGUUUUGCCUUUUUAAGAUCUGAGUAAAAUUAGAUUAGAUUAGCACUUCUAAUGUGGUGCUUUAUUAUAGUUGUGCCAACCGGUAUGCAUUGGUUGAAGCUCAAUGUUAAAUUCAAAUUGCCCUACCAUCAUACUGUAAAUCUAAGCCAAUAUGACACAAAUGUCGAUGACAGUUGGCAAAUCAACUUGAUUUCUGACAGGGUUGUUAGCAUUAGCAUCAUUUCUGACAGGGUUGUUAGCAUUAGGAUAAUUUCUGACAGGGUUGUUAGCAUUAGCAUCAUUUCUGACAGGGUUGUUAGCAUUAGGGGUCAUCAUUUCUGACAGGGUUGUUAGCAUUAGCAUCAUUUCUGACAGGGUUGUUAGCAUUAGGGGUCAUCAUUUCUGACAGGGUUGUUAGCAUUAGGGGUCAUCAUUUCUGACAGGGUUGUUAGCAUUAGCAUAAUUUCAUAUAGUUUCAUUUUAUUGUUAUUCUUUUGUAUUUUAUGUUUGUUGUGUAGUAAGUAUUUCAGUUUAUUUGUUUUUUUUCCCCUGUGAAACACGUUGUUGCAUUCCAUGUCUAAAUAAAGCUUGAUUUUGAUUUGAUCAGACCAUUUUUUUUGUCAGAAUCUAGCUCAAAUUCUAGACGUCGAAUUAAAACAAGGCUACGUCGUCCGUAAGGUAACCAUUAGACUUAGAUCCAUUUGGACUGAGUAAGUUUGUAGGUGCAACAGAUUUGAUUAAAUUCACUAUUUACCGCUCUCACGUGCACAUUUCUGGCCAAUAAAAACCAAUGAUGUGCUACCUUUUUUGUAGCAUUUCUGACAAUGCUCACAUCUUUUCAGCGGAAUCGGAGUUCUAAAACCGGUGCAGUUCAGUUGCUGUGCAACAGGAGCAGCUAGCUAGGAGAAGGCUAGCAGCUGUAUCUAGCUAGCUAAUGCCAGUUGGAUGAGAAGCAAAAGGUAGCUAGCUAGCUAGGUAUAUUUAGCUAUGGAAGGUUUUUUAUUUGGCUUAAGUCAUCAGAGCACAAACAUAAGUUAGCGAACCUCCUUGGCUGCUAUUACAGUUGAAGUUUACAUACACUUAGGUUGGAGUCAUUAAAACUCGUUUUUCAACCACUCCACACAUUUCUUGUUAACAAACUAUAGUUUAUGACACAAGUAAUUUUUCCAACAAUUGUUUACAGACAUUAUUUCACUUAUAAUUCACUGUAUCACAAUUCCAGUGGGUCAGAAGUUUAUAUACACUAAGUUGACUGUGCCUUUAAACAGCUUGGAAAAUUCCAGAAAAUGAUGUCAUGGCUUUAGAAGCUUCUGAUAGGCUAAUUGACAUCAUUUGAGUCAAUUGGAGGUGUACCUGUGGAUGUAUUUCAAGGCCUACCUUCAAACUCAGUGCCUCUUUGCUUGACAUCAUGGGAAAAUCAAAUGAAAUCAGCCAAGACCUCAGAAAAAUAAUUGUAGACCUCCACAAGUCUGGUUCAUCUUUGGGAGCAAUUUCCAAACGCCUGAAGGUACCACGUUCAUCUGUACAAACAAUAGUACGCAAGUAUAAACACCAUGGGACCACGCAGCCGUCAUACCGCUCAGGAAGGAGACGCAUUCUGUCUCCUAGAGAUGAAUGUACUUUGGUGCGAAAAGUGCAAAUCAAUCCCAGAACAACAGCAAACGACCUUGUGAAGAUGCUGGAGGAAACAAAAGUAACUAUAUCCACAAUAAAAUGAGUCCUAUAUCGACAUAACCUCAAAGGCCGCUCAGCAAGGAAGAAGCCACUGCUCCAAAACCGCCAUAAAAUGCCAAACUACGGUUUGCAACUGCACAUGGGGACAAAGAUCAUAUUUUUGGGGAUGCUUUGCUGCAGGAGGGACUGGUGCACUUCACAAAAUAGAUGGGAUCAUGAGGAAGGAAAAUUAUGUGGAUAUAUUGAAGCAACAUCUCAAAACAUCAGUCAGGAAGUUAAAGCUUGUUCGCAAAUGGGUCUUCCAAAUGGACAAUGACCCCAAGCAUACUUCCAAAGUUGUGGAAAAAUGGCUUAAGGACAACAAAGUCAAGGUGUUGGAGUGGCCAUCACAAAGCCCUGACCUCAAUCCUAUGGAAAAUGUGUGGGCAGAACUGAAAAACGUGUGCGAGCAAGGAGGCCUACAAACCUGACUCAGUUACACCAGCUCUGUCAGGAGGAAUGGGCCAAAAUUCACCCAACUUAUUGUGGGAAGCUUGUGGAAGGCUACCCGAAACAAUUGACCCAAGUUAAACAAUUUAAAGGCAAUGCUACUAAAUACUAAUUGAGUGUAUGUUAACUUCUGACCCACUGGGAAUGUGAUGAAAUAAAUAAAAGCUGAAAUAAAUCAUUAUCUCUACUAUUAUUCUGACAUUUCACAUUCUUAAAAUAAAGUGGUGAUCCUAACUGACCUAAGACAGGGAAUGUUUACUAGGAUUAAAUGUCAGGAGUUUAAAUGUAUUUGGCUAAGGUGUAUGUAAACUUCUGACUUCAACUAUAUAUAUAUAUACAUACCAGCUCUGGGAAAACUGCCAUGCUGCUAAUGUAUAAUACAUGCACACACCAGAAUGUUGCUGUUAGAAAAUCCAGUGCAAAUUCUAGCCCUUACCUAAUGCAUUAGUUCAGUACGCAGUUCCUCCCCUCUCAAUGACAUGUUCUUCUUGUCAUUAUAAUCCAAAUGUGCUCUGACUGAUCAACACAGUGCCAAGUUAAUUUUCAAUGUGUUCCCGGAAACCUGAAUUCGCCAUCAACAAGUAAACAAAUAGCAGGGGUGCGUGUGUUCAACAACAACAACAACAACAUCAUCAUAAACAAUCAUUCCUUGCUUGCUGGACCUGUGCGUAGUCAAAAGAAAAUGCCAUGCUUGCUAACUUGGUUAGCUAUGUGAUAAAAUGAAACAGUUUUCAACACAUCAACUGUUAUAGACAAAUAUUUUACCAAGCAAGAUAAUUAAAUGUUCAAUUAGUACUGAGUGAAUUAACAAACAUUUUGGAGCGAAAACGUGUGCUGUCAUCACCAGACUGUACAUUUUAAAUAGUGUCAAUUUUACAUAUCUGGAACAGGGUUCGUAGCGCACCUGGGAUUUGAAGGUCCUGGGUUUGCCUACCGGAGGGGAUAUUCUGACCAUUCCCUUUUGUGUAUAGUUUUUGACACCCCCCUCCCUUUCCCGGUGGCUCUAACCAGAAUAGAAAGAGGAGUGGGAGGCCCCGGUGCACAACUGAGCAAGAGGACAAAUACAUUAGUGUCUAGUUUGAGAAACAGACGCCUCACAGGUCCUCAACUGGCAGCUUCAUUAAAUAGUACCCGCAAAACAAGUCUCAACGUCAAAAGUGAAGAGGCGACUCCGGGAUGCUGACCUUCUAGGCAGAGUUGCAAAGAAGUCCAGUGUCUGUGUUUUUUUGCCCAUCUUAAUCUUUUAUUUUUAUUGGCCAGUCUGAGAUAUGGCUUCUUCUUUGUAACUCUGCCUAGAAGGUCAACAUCCCGGAGUCGCCUCUUCACUGUUGACGUUGAGACUGGUGUUUUGCGGGUACUAUUUAAUGAAGCUGCCAGUUGAGGACCUGUGAGGCAUCUGUUUCUCAAACUAGACACUAAUGUAUUUGUCCUCUUGCUCAGUUGUGCACCGGGGCCUCCCACUCCUCUUUCUAUUCUGGUUAGAGCCAGUUUGCGCUGUUCUGUGAAGGGAGUAGUACACAGCGCUAUACGAGAUAUUCAGUUUCUUGGCAAUUUCUCGCAUGGAAUAGCCUUCAUUUCUCAGAACAAGAAUAGACUGAUGAGUUUCAGAAGAAAGUUCUUUGUUUCUGGCCAUUUUGAGCCUGUAAUCGAACCCACAAUUGCUGAUUCUCCAGAUACUCAACUAGUCUCAAGAAGGCCAGUUUUAUUGCUUAUUUAAUCAGCACAACAGUUUUCAGCUGUGCUAACAUAAUUGCAAAAGGGUUUUCUAAUUAUCAAUUAGCCUUAAAAAAUUAAAAUAAAAACUUGGAUUAGCAAACACAACGUGCCAUUGGAUCACAGGACUGAUGGUCGCUGAUAAUGAGCCUCUGUACGCCUAUGUAGAUAUUCCAUAAAAAAUCAGCCGUUUCCAGCUACAAUAGCCAUUUACAACAUUAACAAUGUCUACACUGUAUUUCUGAUCAAUUUGAUGUUAUUUUAAUGGACAAAAAAAUUGCUUUUCUUUCAAAAACAAGGACAUUUCUAAGUGACCUCAAACUUUUGAACGGUAGUGUUUAUUCCACAUUAGUAUACCCUUUUCCACAAAUGUAGUUUUAAAUCUGACAAACUGCUAUGAACCGAGUUUGAACACAUUUUUCAUAAGGCCUAAAGAUAUCAAUAUUAUAUAAUUUAGCAAACGUUGUAAAGAUGAUUGCAUUUCCACUGUCAUUUUAAAUGACGUAGGAGCAUGUAGAAUACAGUUCUAUUUCUACUGUGAUGUCAGUGGCUGAUUUGAUGUGAGCUUGUUUUUGCACAAACCAUUUUUUUUUUUUGAAUGGUUUUUUUAUUCUACUGCCUCCCAAAGAUAUUUGAAUAUUGUUCUAAACAAUAACAAUUCUUAUUGUUUGUCCCCCUGCAGUAGAACAGGUAGAGGUGUCUUAUCAUGGUGUCUUUAACCCUGUCUUUAACCCUGUCUUUAACCCUGUGUCUUAUCAUGGUGUCUUUAACCCUGUGUCUUAUCAUGGUGUCUUUAACCCUGUGUCUUAUCAUGGUGUCUUUAACCCUGUGUCUUAUCAUGGUGUCUUUAACCCUGUGUCUUAUCAUGGUGUCUAUAACCCUGUGUCUUAUCAUGGUGUCUAUAACCCUGUGUCUUAUCAUGGUGUCUAUAACCAUGUCUUAUCAUGGUGUCUUUAACCCUGUGUCUUAUCAUGGUGUCUUUAACCCUGUCCUUAACCAUGUGUCUUAUCAUGGUGUCUAUAACCCUGUGUCUUAUCAUGGUGUCUAUAACCAUGUCUUAUCAUGGUGUCUUUAACCCUGUGUCUUAUCAUGGUGUCUUUAACCCUGUCCUUAACCAUGUGUCUUAUCAUGGUGUCUAUAACCCUGUGUCUUAUCAUGGUGUCUAUAACCCUUUAUAAAUAAAUGUGAUCGAUUGAUUGUCUUUAACCCUGUGUCUUAUCAUAGUGUAUUUUAACCCCGUAAAGACUGUAAAGAUUUAUCCUCAAUGUUUUUGUGCCUUUCCCCCUGCUGAAGACUCAGUAUGGGCAGUCAUUGGCUUCUCUGUGUAACAUGUCUUAUGAUGUUGUCUUAAACCCUGUGAAUCUACACAGACUGGACAAAACAUUAAGAACACCUGCUCUUUCCAUGACAUAGACUGACCAAGUGAAUCCAGGUGAAAGCUAUGAUCCCUUAUUGAUGUCACUUAUUAAAUCCACUUCAAUCAGUGUAGAUGAAGGGGAGGAGACGGGGUUAAAGAAGGAUUUUUAAGCCUAGAGUCAGUUGAGACAUGGAUUGUGUACGUGUACCAUUCAGAGGGUGAAUGGGCAAGACAAAAGAUUUAAGUGCCUUUGAACGGGGUAUGGUAGUAGGUGCCAGGCGGCGCACCGGUUAGUGUCAAGAACUGCAACUCUGCUGUGUUUUUCACGCUCAAUAGUUUGCCGUGUGUAUCAAUGAUGGUCCACCACCCAAAGGACAUCCAGCCAACUUGACACAACUGUAAGAACCAUUGGAGUCAACAUGGGCCCAGCAUCCCUGUGGAACCCUUUCGACAGCUUGUAGAGUCCAUGCCCCGACGAAUUGAGGGAGAUGCAACUCAAUAUUAGGAAGGUGUUCCUAUUGUUUGGUCUAUUCCUCAUACUGCUGUUUUCUGUCUCCCCUGUAGACUCCGUAGCGGCUGAGAUCGGCUUCUCUGUGUACUCUCUGGGUGAUGAGGAGAGUUGUCUCAGUAUGGAGAGUGACGCAGACGACCGAGACCCUCGUACCGCCACCGCCACCCGCACCGCCACGGAGAGCCAGGGUGACCAGGAGGAGGGCCCCACCCCCCAGCCCGACCACCAGCCCCCCUUUCCCCCCUACCUGUCCUGCCGGGGCUGUGGCCAGGACCUAGUGGGACCCUACUGUCACCGUUGCUGCAAGGGAGGAAGUGGGGACUUCAGCGCCGCGUUCGGCGGCUUUCGCUACGGUUCGCGAUCACAGGCGGACGAUGGCGAGGAAGGAGACGGAGGCGGGAUAGACGGCGCUGAUGGAACGGACGAUAACUCCACGAUGGGUGACGACGGUCCGUCCUCCAAGCUCUACUCCUGCCAGCUGUGUGGGUUCUCCUCCCGUUACGCCAACCACGUCAAGAGGCACAUGAAGACUCACAACGGGGAGAAGCCGUACCACUGCCCCCUGUGUACCUACGCCUCAGCCCAGCUGGUCAACCUGCAGAGACACCUGAGGAUUCACACUGGGGAGAAACCGUACAGGUGUGACUCCUGCUCCUUCGCCUGCAGUUCCCUAGGCAACCUGAAGAGGCAUCAGAGGAUGCAUGUGGCGGGACAGGAAGCAGUCAGACCUGCUAGUGGACCUCCUAUUGGUCCCUCUGCGGGUGGGUGUGGUGUAAAGAGGCACUGGGAGGAUGAGCCUAGUGCUUCAACUGAAGGUAAUGUCCAAAGUCUUUCCAUGAAAAAUGUGAACUAAAGAUUUAAGGCCUGGACUAUUUCUCAAGUUAGACCAUUUUGAAUAGUUUUAAAGAUGUGUUCUUGUAUAUUUUCCUAAAAUUAUAUUGUGUAUGUAUUUAUAUAUUUAGGCAAUAAUUCUAGUUUUUUUUUUUCAGCUGAACUUGUUUCUCCCACGUCUGAUCUCUUUCCAGAAGCCCUAAAGCCCGACCAGAACCUCCACGUAGGAGACCAUAGCAGAGACUACUUGCCAUGCUGUGAUGGACUGACGGUACCACCACCGCCAGAGCUCCCUGAGCACCAGCCCUCAAGACUUCUGGAGGCGCCUGGCUGUGGACCUGGGACUGGGUCUAUGACUGGGGCUAGGGCUGAGUCUGGGAGUAGGACUGGGGGUUUAGGAGGGUCUUUGACCGGGUCUAUGACUGGGGCUAGGGCUGAUUCUGGGAGAAGGACUGGGGGCUUUAGGAGGGUCUUUGACCGGGUCUAUGACUGGGGCUAGGGCUGAGUCUGGGAGUAGGACUGGGGGUUUAGGAGGGUCUUUGACCGGGGCUAGGGUCGGAGCUGUGGUGGGAGCGAAGUCAGAGGACACACACAGGGACUCUCUCCCUCCGUUCCCGUUCCUUUUCACCUGUCGUCUCUGUGGUAUCCCCCUGGAGGACGAGGACGGCUCCACCACCCAGAUCUGUGCCAAGUGCACCCUGGACAUGCUGAACAAGGACUCAUCCGGGCCCAACAGCCCCGGGGAGCGCGGGGAUAAGGUCUACACCUGCAGCGCCUGUCCCUUCCUCACCCACUACCCCAACCACCUGGCGCGACACAUGAAGACACACAGCGGCGAGAAGCCCUACAAGUGCCCUCAGUGCGACUAUGCCUCCGCCCACUUCGACAACCUGAAACGCCACCACAGAGUCCACACGGGCGAGAAGCCGUACAAGUGCCACCUGUGUGACUACGCCUGUGGCAACCUGGCUAACUUAAAACGGCACCAGCGGGUCCACUCGGGCGCCAAGCCGUUCCAGUGCGAGGCGUGCAGCUACAGCUGUAACCAGAGCAUGAACCUGAAGAGACACAUGCUGAGACACACGGGCGAGAAGCCCUACAAAUGCCAGGAGUGUGGCUACACCACGGGACACUGGGACAACUACAAACGCCACCAGAAGAAACAUGGCCUCGCCACCGACGGAUGGGUCAAAGUUCAGAUGCCAGGUGCCCAUGAGGAAGAGGAGGAGGAGGAGGAGGAGGAGGAAGAAGGGGAGGAAGAGGGGUGGUGGGACAGCCGCAGAGGAAAGAAGGAGAGAUCGUGA